UUUUCCUGUGUUUUUUUCUUCCUGGUAGAUCAAGCGGAUUGGGUCUAUAAAUAGCUCUUCAACCUCCGGCAGAUGGACACAGAAGGAAGCGACACUAGCUAAGAAUUAAUAUAUCGAGAGUAGUACUGUCUUAAUUUUCUUUGUAUCAUGGGAAUAAAGAAUGUGGGUUUGAUCCUGGGAUUCCUAGGGUUUUUGUUUCUCGAUUGGGUGUCCCUUUGCAUGGCUUAUAAUGUCCACAACUACACCUUUGUUCUGAAUAACACAAAUUUCGAAAGGCUGUGUACCAGCAAGAGUAUGCUAGUAGUAAACGGCAUGUGGCCUGGCCAAACAAUUGCUGUAACUAAAGGCGAUAGGGCAUAUAUUAAUGUCCAGAAUAAUGGAGACUAUGGUGUCACUAUUCAUUGGCAUGGAGUGAAGCAACCUAGAAAUCCUUGGUCAGAUGGUCCUGAGAACAUCACACAGUGCCCUAUUCAACCAGGAAAAAACUUCACUCAAGAGGUCAUAUUUUCUACUGAAGAAGGAACUCUAUGGUGGCAUGCCCAUAGUGACUGGUCACGCGCCACAGUCCAUGGCGCCAUUAUUAUUUCACCUGAAAAUGGAACCAAAUAUCCAUAUGACACACAGCCUGAUGAAGAAGUAGUUAUCGUACUUGGGGAAUGGUUCAAUGGAGAUGUGAAGGAAUUAAUUGACAAUGCCACGGAAACUGGCGGUGAUCCAACCCCAUCAGACGCCUACACCAUCAACGGCCAACCAGGAUAUCCAAAUAAUUGCUCCAAUGAAACAACAUAUAGUCUAUCAGUGGAAUCCGGCAAGACAUAUCUUCUCCGAAUAAUAAGUGCAGUGAUGAACGAGGAAAUGUUCUUUGGAAUCGCCGGCCACAACAUUACAGUUGUCGGACAGGAUGGCGCAUACAUAAAGCCCAUAAACACCAAUUACAUCAUGAUAACACCAGGACAAACAAUGGAUGUAUUGCUCAUAGCAAACCAGACACCCAGCUACUACUACAUGGCUGCUACACCUUUCUUUGACUCCAGCGCCCCAUACGACAGUUCCAACACUUCAGCCAUUAUCAAGUAUACAGGCAAUUACACUACUCCAUCCUCUCCUCCCUAUCCCUCCCUCCCUAAUGUCACCGACAAGGCUGGUGCUGACAACUUCACAAGUCGCAUAAGGUCGUUGGCGAGUACUGAGCACCCGAUUGAUGUCCCACAAGAAAUUGACGAAAGAAUCGUCAUUACAGUUUCUGUUAAUCAAUUGCCUUGUGAUCAAGAUUCGUGUGAUGGGCCAAAUGGUAGUAGGUUAGCUGCUAGCUUAAACAACGUUAGUUUCUCGGCCCCGACGACCGAUAUACUGCAGGCUUACUACAAGAGCUUGUCCGGCGUUUAUGAUGAUGAUUUUCCAGGUUAUCCUCCUUUUGUAUUUAACUACACAGGAAUUUCAAAUGACGAAUAUCUACUUCCGAGCCAAGGAACAAAGGCAAGGAUGAUAGAUUGGGGCAAAAAAGUUGAAAUAGUGUUCCAAGGGACGAAUAUAGGGAAUGCGGAGAACCAUCCAAUGCAUCUUCAUGGUUUUAGCUUCUACUUGGUCGGGUCGGAUUAUGGCAAUUUCGACAACACGACUUCCCCAGGAACUUACAAUUUGGUAGAUCCACCGGAAGUUAACACCAUCGGAGUUCCUAAGAAUGGAUGGGCUGCCAUUAGAUUUGUUGCUGAUAAUCCUGGGGUGUGGUUUAUGCACUGUCAUUUGGAAAGGCACGCUAGCUGGGGUAUGGACACGGUCAUCAUUGUGAGGAAUGGGACAACAAAGGAAACAAGCAUGAUGCCACCUCCAGACAAUUUGCCUACAUGCACUUAGUUUUGGAAGAAUGUUUUGGGUUCAAUCAAUCAAUAAGGGCUUGAAUUAUCUAGGCCUUUCCAUUUGUUGAAGAAAUUUUUAUGCCCUUUUCCAAUAAAAUGCUUUAAAUAAAGUUCGCAUUCAUGAGA